AUGGCAGCACGCCAACGAUCCCCGCCGCACUCAGUCUCAGCGUCCGAUAUGAGUACGCCGUCUCCGACGCCCGAGCGCCGACAAGGACCCCCACGGUCUAACCCUCCGGCUCGCGCGCAGAAAACCUCUCCGCUCUCAGUGUUACUCAUCCUCGCAGCUCUGGGAACAUCAUACCUAGCCCUUCAGACUACGCCUCUCGCUCAGUAUCUGCCAGGCAACGCGGCUGGACUCGGCCUCGCGGAUCUCCUUGACUCUCUGUUCAGGUUUGGAUCCGAAGUGCAGGGCCACGCGGACUUUGGAGACGGACGCAAGCUCACAUGUCCCAAGGCUUUUGCCAAGCCAACCAGCUUGGGACUGUAUCACGUCAACGUCAACUUGGGCAAUGGAGGGCCUGAACCCGACUUGAGCGGAGGGAUGAUCCCCAACGUCGGGACGCCGUUUGGAAUGACGCGGUGGACGGCCCAGACGCGCUUGAACUACGUCUCGAUGUGCCCUUACAACCAGACGGACACGCGUAUCAGCGGAUUCAUCGGCACACACCAGCCUGCGGUAUGGAUGGGCGAGUCGGGUCCUGUGCAACUCGGGGUUGGACUUGGGGACGUUGUCACCGAUUUUCAUGGGCGCGGACUAGAAUUUGACCGGCGCGACGAGUACGCCAGCCAGAACUAUUACUCAAACGUUCUGCAAAGCAAGCAUGGUAAUAUCGAGGCGGAGAUGGCUGCGACGUCCCGUGUCGGACACCUACGGUUCACUUUCCGGCCCGAGGACAUGGCGGCACCCUUCGUCGUCCUUGACGCGAGCCGGGUUAGCGCGGUCACGAGUAAUCCUGCCAACGUGUCCUUGCCUAUCGGCCAUGUCGAGGUGGACUUUGACGCGCGCGAGAUCAGCGGCUGGAACGACGAGCGGCAAGACCAUAUUCUCGUUAGCGACGACCUCCCAGCAAAGGGGUUCAAAGGCUACUUUGUGGCGCGGUUCUCUGAGCCGUUCGCGCAGGCCGGCAUCUCGCACUCUGGUGAGCUGGAGGACGCACACUCCGGCGACGGGCAGGUUCUCUCCGCCUAUGUCACAUUUGCGCGUGGUACGCUGGGAGUCGACGUGCGCGUCGGCGUGAGCUUUAUUAGUGUAGAGCAGGCACGCCGCAAUAUCGACCUCGAGGUUCCUGAUGGGCAGAGCCUCGAAGCGACAUCGGCCGGCUCGCGCGUGGAGUGGGCCGCCAAGCUCGACCUCCUGUCGGUGCAGGGAGCGACGCCGUCCAACCUUACCGUGCUCUAUACGGGCUUCUCGCGCACCCUCGUUUACCCGUACGAGGUGCACGAGAACGCGGGCACGGUCGCCGACCCCAAGUGGCGCUAUUACUCGGGGUACCUGGACGCCGUGACUGAGGGACAAUCGUACUCGGGCUACUCGAUCUGGGACACAUUCCGCGCCACGACGGCGUGGCAGCUUCUCGUCGCGCCCGAGCGUGUUGGCCCAAUGAUCACGAGUAUGCUCCAGGACUAUAGGCAGGGCGGGUGGCUGCCGAUGUGGAAGAACAUUGUCGAGACGAACAUUAUGGUCGGCACGCAUGCCGAUAGCAUAAUCGCACAAGCGAUGAGUGCUGGCGUGCCUGCGUUUGACUGGGAUCUCGCCUGGGAAGCUGUCCGGAAGAACGCAUACACUCCGCCUGACAGGGACACGGAACUCCGCUUCUUCGAUAGGGAGGAGCACACUCCACAGGAAGUACGCGCCGGUCUGACAGAGUACAUGGCCAAAGGAUGGGUCGCGGACGAUCUGCACUCGGAAGCUGGGAGCCGCACCCUCGACUACGCUUACGACGACCACGCCGCAGCGAUUGUGGCUGCCCACGUCGGGGCCAACAAGGACGCCAAGGUCCUUGCUGCGCGAGCGAAGAAUUACCGCAAUAUCUGGAACAAUGAGACGGGGUUCAUGGAGGCGCGACGUGCUGAUGGGAGUUGGGCUGGCUGGUGGGCCGGGUGGACCGAGGGUGACCAUUGGGCGUACUCCCUGACUGUCAUGCACGACACCCCAGGCCUCAUCGAGCUCAUGGGCGGCGACGACAAGUUUGUCGACUUUAUUGACAGGCACUUUGACGGUGGGCACAACCUGCACACGAACGAGCCUAGCCACCACAUUCCAUACCUCUACUCGUUUGCGCCGCACGCGGCGCACAAGUCGCAGGAAUGGGUCCGCAAUAUCGGCGAGAACGAAUACGACGAUAGCGCCGAGGGUCUGAGCGGUAACGAGGACUGCGGCCAGAUGAGCGCGUGGUACCUCUUCUCUGCGCUCGGGUUCUACCCUGUGGACCCAGCCUCUGCUACCUAUGUCGUUGGCGCACCGUUCUUCGACCGCAUUCAACUCCGCCUGCCCAGCAUGCAUGAGGUCGGGGCCGCGAUUACGGUCAUUGCGCCAGGCGCGAGCAAGAAUAAGUACGUCAAGGGCCUCAAAGUCGACAGUCGGAAGUAUGGGAUCCACCUCUCACAUGCCGAUAUUGCUGAGGGUGCGAGCAUUGAGUUCGAGAUGGCCGAUACACCGCAGCAUUGGCCCCAGUCGUAG